CUCUGCCAGGCCCAUCACAAGGGAAAUGAAAACCAAGAUUGGCCUUAUCUGGUAUCAAAUGUGAGCUACGAGCAAAUAGAACAUCUUUUAGGAGUAUCAAUACCGUCACAUGAAUUGUCAAUGUGUGAAUGUGAUGUACCAAAAAAUCUACCGUUCCUAAUGGUAUUAGGUAACAAAGCAACUUUGCCGCCCACUACCACUAAAGCACCGCCUCCCCAAGUCAAAUUCCUAGAGUUUCCCCGUCAACUGGGUUGUAUGCCUAAGAAAAUCAUUACAUGAAAAUAUGAGAUUAAGAAACCAUAUAAUUGAAGUUGUAUAAGUAUAGCUGUUUUGUUCACUCAAAAUAGGAUUGCAACAAGUUUGAGCAAGGUUGGGAGAUUGAAAGAGAUGAAGGAGCCAAGGAGGCUGUUGAGUUCUACAGCUUUAGCAGCCUGUUUACUUCUAAUGACAUUGCUUUAUGCAACAUAUUUUGCAUCAAUAGAUAUCCUGUUUGAACCAUGUAAACAUUUGUCUAUCCACUAUUCUUUCUGUUUCUGCUGUUUCAUACUCAUAGACUGACCUGGCUUUGCUUGGAAAUUCAAGGGAAGCACCCAACAACAGAUUGGAGAGGCAAUUCCAGCAGGGAAAAGGUAGACAAAGGCAGUGAUUCUCAGAGGUCUUGGUUGAGAAGACUUGUCAGAGGUUAUCUGUUGUCCAUCUAACAUUCUUAUGAUAUGGAGUGUCUCAAACUUUUGGCAUAUACAUAUAUAUAUAUAUAUAUAUAUAUUUUCCCCUGAUUAUGGUGUUCAAUGCAAUAGGUGAUGAUCGAACCAGGCUUGAAGCAGAGGGAUUUUCUUGCCACAAUGGUCUUCACGCAGAUGUCUGUGUUGCCAAUAAACCUGUCAGGAUUGACACCAAAGCAAUGAAAAUUUACAUUCCAUCUGAUUCCAACAAAUCCCUUGAAAGAAUAGUUAAGCCAUAUGCAAGGAAGGAGGAUGACAUGCAGAAUGUCACACCAGUGAAGAUGCUAAAGGGAAAUAUCAACCCACCUGCUUGUGAUUUCACGCACAAUGUCACAGCUGUUAUCUUCUCCUCUGGUGGCUUUGCUGGGAACCUGUUUCAUGAAUUCAACGAGAUUAUCAUCCCUUUAUUCAUCACUUGCCGCCAUUUCCAGUCACGCUUGAAAUUCAUCAUCACUGAUUACAGUGCCCAGUGGGUGCAGAAGUACAACCAGAUUCUCACUCAAAUUUCUCCUUAUGCAGCCAUAGAUCCUGAGGCAGACGGCAAGGUUCAUUGCUUUCCAGGAGCUAUUGUAGGGCUCCAGUUCCAUGACAACCUAGUCCUCAAUUCCACAGACAUUCCAGGAGGGUAUUCCAUGACUGAUUUCAAGCACUUCCUCAUGGAAACAUACAAUCUGAAAAUAAAGCAUGUUUCGGAAGUUGAGAAGCCAGUGUUGAUGCUUAUAUCUCGCCAGAACUCUCGAAGGUUUUUGAAUGAAGAUGAAAUGGUGAAGCUGAUGGAGAAACUAGGUUUCCAGGUACUGGUUAUUCCGCCUGGUAGGAUGUCAAAACUAAAGAAGUUUGCCAGGGUGGUGAACUCCUGCAGUGUUUUGGUUGGAGCACAUGGUGCUGGUAUGGCGAAUGAGCUGUUCUUGCCUACUGGAGCAGUGGUGAUUCAGGCAGUUCCACUGGGACUGGAGUGGGCAUCAACUGCCUACUUUGGGGAGCCUGCUGGGGGAAUGGGUCUGAGAUACUUGGAGUACAAGAUUGAGCCAGAGGAGAGUUCCCUCAUUAACACCUAUGGAAGAGAUCACCUUGUCAUUACUGAUGUAGGCUCUAUAAUUGCUAAAGGAUACCAAGCUUUCAGAGCAGUUUAUGUCGAUGGCCAAGACCUAAAGAUCAAUCUGACUAGGUUUAGGGAAACCCUUAUUGAAGCAAUGCAAAUUCUAGGAUUCUCAGCUCCCUGAAUUGAAAAUGCAAGUCAGGAUUACUGGAUAUAUACUCAGUAAUCAUCCUUCAAGUUUCAGCAUGAAAAACAGUGAAAUAACAUUUUGGAGAAAAACCAAAAUCAUAAUUUGACCUCAUUUUCAUUUUCUUUGGCCAGUUAUUUUUCUUAGUUUGGUCCAGAGACAUUAUAGGGCAUAUGCCGAUUCAGAAUGACAUUCUUUGAUCUUUUCAGCAUGUGAAGUGUACUUCUAAGAU